AUGUCUGACAGAGAAAUGGUUGAAGUAAAUGACAUAAAAUUCAGUGUUGAAAUACAAAUUUUAGAAGUGGAUAACGUUAAAGCAAAUUUGCAUGGAUUAAUAUUAUUGAUGAUCAUGGUUAAAAAUAACGCUUCUCUUGAAAUAAAUAUUGAAAAAUCAUUAAUUAGUAUAAUAUUGGGAUAUUUAGAAGAAGAUAAUAACGAAAAAUAUAAAAUCGUUAGAAUUUUAGCAAAAGAAAUAGUUAAUUUCUUCAAUGCUUCAUCCAAUAUAUUAAUUAUAGAACGACAGUUGUUAGAAGAAAUUUGGGAAAAUCGUUAUUUAAAUCGUUCGGGUAUCUGGUUGCAGAGGUGUAAUAAAAAAGUUAAUGAAAUUGAAAAUAGAAAAGGCGUCACCAAAGGUGAUAAAAAACGUAAACGCAUAAUUAGUGAAAUAGAUGAAAUUGAGGACGUGGGGUUAUAUUCAUAG